AUGGCCGGCACCGAAGGCAAGAGCAACCUUUCCUUCAUCCUCAACAAGCCCCACGACGUCGAGUUCGCCGAGCGCCCCGUCCCCAAGCUCUCCGACCCCCACGAUGUCCUCGUCGCCGUCAACUACACCGGUAUCUGCGGCUCCGACGUCCACUACUGGGAGCACGGUGCCAUUGGCCACUUUGUCGUCAAGGACCCCAUGGUCCUCGGCCACGAGUCCGCUGGUACCGUCGUCCAGGUCGGUGACGCCGUGAAGACCCUCAAGGCUGGCGACCGCAUCGCCCUCGAGCCCGGCUACCCCUGCCGCCGCUGCGAGAACUGCCUGGCCGGCCGCUACAACCUGUGCCCCGAGAUGCGCUUCGCCGCUACCCCGCCUUACCACGGCACCCUGACCGGUUUCUGGACCGCCCCCUCCGACUUCUGCUUCAAGCUCCCCGACAAUGUCUCCCUGCAGGAGGGUGCUCUCAUCGAGCCCCUCGCUGUCGCCGUCCACAUUACCAAGCAGGCCGACAUCAGCCCCGGCGCCAGCGUCGUCGUGAUGGGUGCCGGCCCCGUCGGUCUGCUCUGCGCUGCCGUCGCAAAGGCAUUCGGUGCCACCAAGGUCGUCAGUGUCGACAUUGUCCAGUCCAAGCUGGACUUCGCCAAGGACUUCGCUUCCACCCACACCUACCUCUCCCAGCGCGUCUCCGCCGAGGAGAACGCCAAGGCUUUGAUCAAGCAGUGUGAUCUCGGUGCUGGCGCUGACGUCGUCAUCGACGCCAGCGGUGCUGAGCCCUCCAUUCAGACCUCUCUGCACGUUGUCAAGAUGGGCGGCAACUACGUCCAGGGCGGUAUGGGUAAGGCCGACAUCACCUUCCCCAUCAUGGCCUUGUGCUUGAAGGAGGUUACCGCUCGUGGCAGCUUCCGCUACGGCCCUGGUGACUAUAAGCUUGCCAUUGACCUUGUCGCCAACGGCAGCGUCAACGUCAAGAAGCUCAUCACCGGCAUUGUCAGCUUCAAGCAGGCUGAGGAGGCUUUCAAGAAGGUCAAGGAGGGCGAGGUCAUCAAGAUCCUCAUCGCCGGCCCCAACGAGAAGGUCGAGACCGAGCUCAGCACAUCUGUCGAUCCCAAGAAGGCCGCCGCGAGCGGUGGGCAGGGCGGAUGCUGCUGA